UCUAUAUAGGAGCUUUGCAGAGCCAGGAAUGAACAACCAGAAACCACAGCUCCGAUCCUGGUUAAUCGCUCAGAUUAACAGCGGCAGUUAUCAUGGACUGCGUUGGCUGAACAAAGAAAAAACCACGUUCCGUAUUCCCUGGAAACACGCCGGCAGGCAGGACCUGUGUGAGAAUGAUUACAGCAUCUUCAAGGGUUGGGCAACAGUGAGUGGGAAAUGUACUGAUGGUCCACCCAAAUGGAAAGCUAACUUCCGAUGUGCCCUCAACAAUAUUGACUCAUUCACUUUGCUGGAGGACAACUCAAAGGACAACUCAGAUCCACAUAAAAUCUAUGCCAUAACUAACCAGAGGGUCAAUUCAGCUGUUGAUCCAAAUAUGGAUGGAGCUCUGCAAGAAGAUGAUAACCUCGAAUCACAACUGCGCAUCAGUCCUGAGACUAACCUGGAACAGCCCAACUUUGCACUGCAGUGCUCUGCAAUGUUUCACUCUCAGGGACAGUUAGAAGAAUGGAUUCCAGAUUUUGAUUUAAUGAAUCUGUCGGACAGUGCUGAAGACCAAAUGGCUCCUGGCCUGUUCUAUCCGGCGAACAUCUAUAACCCAGCGAUGAACGGAAUCGACAGUCUCCAGGUGCCUCUGGACACCCAUCCCCAGGAAGUUUUCAAUGUGUCCCCAGCCCAAGUCGUGCCCACUGAUGAGUACAGGGAACUGCCAAGUCACACAUUCAACACAGACCAAACGUGGGAACCUCUGCAUGUCCCAACAUCUCAUGUAAUGGACAAUAUGGCCCAGGAGAUGCCAGUACACUACCUUACUCCUGAUGUCCCUCUGAAUCCGGCUUCAGGAACACAGGUUGAAAUUCCAAUCGUAUCUCAACUCCAACAAGUUCUAAGAGAUUUUGACCUUACCAUUUACUACCGUGGCAAAGAGGUUUUUCAGAGCACAGUCAGAAAUGCUUAUGGCUGCCGCCUGUAUCAUGAUGAAGAGAAUGAGAGAUUCGCUCAGCUGCAACAAAUCAGGUUCCCAAGUACAGAGGAGAUAAAGGAUUGCCAACAGAAAAAGUUCACCAAUUAUGCCCUGUCAAACAUGGCGGGAGGACUUCUCCUGGAGAGUAAAAAUGGAGAUCUUUUUGCCAAGAGACUGGGCAAGUGUCAAGUCUUUUGGACUGGCUCAGGGGCAUCCAUGAAUGAGGAGUCACAGAAGCUGAACCGAGAUGAGGAGAUUAAAUUAUUCAGCCUGAAAGAUUUCUUCACGGGUAAGUUUCCUGCUCAUUGGCUUCUGUUGUUGAUGUUCAAAGCCCUGGCUUCCUUGUAA